CUGAACCUCGAUUUCUAUUUCUAUCUCAUCACCGACGAGGCCACCGGAAAGAAGAAGCUGAAGGUGAACGCCUGGUUUAGCAGCCGGGUAACAGCCGUCGCCAUUCGCACGGCGCUCAGCCACGUCACUAAUCUGAUCAACGGCGUCAGGAAGGGUUACCGUUACAAGAUGCAUUUCGUGUACACACGCGCCGCCUCGUCCUCUCGCAGCGGGUGCCGACGGUCCUGCCGUACGUGGAGGAGAAGUGUCACAUCCGCCACCACGCACCUCAUCGAGACCUACCCCUCCCUGCAGCCCAAGACCGCCGUCUUCACCCACAACGACGGUCAACCUCCUCCAGGCCACGGCACCGUCCCAAUCUUCUUCCAGGGCGUCACCUACAACAUCCCCGUCAUCAUGUGGCUCAUGGAUUCUUCCCCAGAAGAGAGGGCCAUUCAUAUGCAAGCUGAGGAUGAGGGAUGCGCCACCCCUGUGUGGUGGCGCACGCGCCAGGUGGUUGAGAUGCAUGCGGGCUUGGCCUCCGAAGGCAGGUCAAAGCUGAAGAUGCUUCUCACCUAUAUCUGCGACCUCCCUACUGGGUAA